CUGGAGAGAAGAAGGAGCAAGGUGUGGAACCAGGGCUAGGCCACCAUACCCCACAUUUCUCUUGUACUUGUGGAUUAUUCCCUCAACUGAGAUGUCCUCUUCCAGUAGACUCAGUUUUACAGUCAGAAGGAUUUUGGAUUUACCGGAAUAUGAUGCCAACGUUAUCCCAGCCAACCCAUCCUUGAGUUUAAACAGGAGCUCUCCUUACGGAGACUGGGUGGAGAAUGAGAGGAACCAUUACUUAUCAUCUGAUGAAAGUGGCUCAGAGACAACCCUAGCAGACACUAUUCAGAGGUCAGAAAACUCAUCUCACAGCCAUGAAUCAGAGGAGAAGAAGAAGAAGAGGAGAGUCCUCUUCUCCAAAGUCCAAACUCUAGAACUAGAGAGGAGAUUUCGCCAACAAAGAUAUCUCUCAGCACCUGAAAGGGACCAACUAGCACAUAUUCUACAACUAACCCCAACCCAGGUGAAGAUAUGGUUCCAGAACCACAGAUAUAAGAUGAAGAGAGCUAAACCUGAGGUGAGCAGCUCUCCACCACCUCUACUGAAGCACGUUGUGGUCCCAGUACUGGUUAGAGAUGGAAAGCCUUGCCAUACUUGCUCCCCCGUCAGCUCUACAGACAAGAUGCCUAUUUUUCCCACUUUUCCUCCUACAGAAGCAUUUAGCUUUGUCCACAGUUAUCACCAUCUCCCACAUCUACCUCACCCAUCUAGUCUUUCCUGGACAUGGUGACCGGUGAUAAUUCACAAUGAACUUAUUGAAAGCUUAGGUGGAAUGCCAUUAAACCUAAAAAUCCUCAUGUGCAUAAACCAAGGCCAAAAAGUAGGGUUCAGAAAACUGCAGCAUGGAACUCUAUAGUUUUCAGGUGCUAAAAUAUGAAAGAUACUUUGUUUUCUAUCAGUAUUGAUAGUAGUGUAUUUACCACUGUACUUGUAAAUAUUGAAAGA